AUGGCGUGAUACAUAGAUAUAUUAAUUAAUUAAUUUUUUUCUGUUGUUCCGACCGGGAAAAUGGCAACUUAUCUCCAAAGCCAAUGUAGACCGACUCCGAGGUUUCCCCUUGUUUUGGCGGGUCUCUAUGCUUCUUCGACUGCCAAUUCGGUAAAUGCAUACUGUUCCUCUGCUCCCAGCUCUGCUCCUCGCAUUACCCAGAAGUGGAAGACUAUCGGCAAAACUCCUCGUCGACUGGUACUGGGAUUCGGAGCCUCUUUCUGGGCCCAGUCCUUGAACAUGUCCGCCCCAUUUGGCGGGAGCGGGAAGUUCCUCGCCUCUGCAAGACCUUCUUCCUCCAUUGACCAGGUUUUGAAGAAUGUCGAAUGGCCGGAGCAAUUUCCCUUCAAGGACGAAGAUUUUCUGCGUUUUGACGAGUCACCAGAUUCUUUAUUCUAUGAGGCUCCUCGUUUUGUAACACAUAUUGAUGACUCAGCAAUUCGUGCAUUAACUAAAUACUAUUCGGAAGUUCUUCCUCCCAGUAACACUCCUGGAGUUAGCAUCCUAGACAUGUGCAGCAGUUGGGUGAGCCACUACCCAGCAGGAUACAAGCAAGAGAGGAUAGUGGGAAUGGGUAUGAAUGAGGAUGAGCUCAAGCGGAAUCCUGUCCUGACGGAGUAUGUUGUGCAAGACUUGAAUGUGAACCCCAACCUUCCAUUUGAAGAUAAUUCCUUUGACGUCAUCACUAAUGUGGUCAGCGUAGACUAUUUGACAAAGCCUCUUGAUGUCUUCAGGGAGAUGCGUAGGAUCCUUAAGCCAGGUGGCCUAGCAAUAAUGAGUUUUUCGAAUCGUUGCUUCUGGACUAAAGCGAUCUCUAUAUGGACAUCAACUGGAGACACUGACCAUGUCAUGAUCAUCGGUGCAUACUUUCAUUAUACUGGAGGUUUUGAACCUCCUCAGGCUGUGGAUAUCUCUCCAAAUCCUGGGCGAUCCGACCCAAUGUACAUUGUAUAUUCUAGGAAGCUCAAUACAGCUUGAGAAGAAGAAGCAUCCCUCAGUUCUCUUUCCCUUUUUCUCGGUGGUCCCCCUGUUGUUUGCAGUGAGUACUAUGAGUUUCAUGCAACUUAUGUAAUCCAAUUGGCCACCAUUGUACAUGAGACGAGUAACAGAUCCAUCACCUGGUCAUAUUAUUCUUUGAAUUCAUCUGUGAUAUUUCUCCUAAGAAACCUAUCGCUGUGGACCUGAUCAUGUUCCGGGCAUGCAUCGGGACAACGAUGCCAGAGGUUGCAGGUGGGUUCUGUCAAUUUUUUUAUAUAUAGCAGGUUGCUUUGAGAGAUUACAAAGAU